AGGCUGAUGAAAAAAGGGGGAGAAGAUACGCUACAGUCAAAAUACAUGUUCGAUUACGUUCUCUUGUUAAAGAAAUUUGGAAGAAGAAAAGAAUAAAAAAAGAGAUAUUGUAAUAUUGUAUUUGAUAGUGAAUAGGAAUCCAUAAAAGAAAAAGCAAGAGAUAUACCUGAUACGUGUUGUAAAUAAACGAGGUGUACCUUCGAUUUGUUGAUUGUGAUAUGAUGAUGCCUGGAAAAACUCCAGUACAAGAAAAUCCUUUAGGCCUAUCCUGGCAUGACAGUGCUUGGAUUCCUGUCCUUAAUCCAAGUAACAUCAUGGAUUACUUUUCCGAAAGGAGUAAUCCAUUUUACGACAGAACUUGCAAUAAUGAGAUAGUCAAGAUGCAGCGUUUGAGCCCUGAUCAACUGAAUAAUAUGACUGGCUUGGAAUAUAUUCUUCUGCAUGUGCAGGAGCCUAUCUUAUAUGUGAUUAGAAAACAACACAGACAUUCACCAACUGUUGCUUCACCAGUUGCUGAUUAUUACAUUAUAGCUGGUGUUGUGUAUCAGGCUCCAGAUUUAGGAUCUGUUGUGAGUUCUAGAUUGUUAUCCACGGUUCAUCAUCUGCAAUCUGCCUUCGAAGAAGCCAGUAACUGUUCGCGAUAUCAUCCCAGUAAGGGUUAUUUUUGGGAUUUCAAGAAUGGCAAAGCUUUGGCCACAAAGAAAGAAACGCCAGUACGUGAGGAACCUAGCUCAUUAUUUCAACGGCAGAGAGUGGAUAUGUUACUUACGGAGCUUACUCGUAAAUUCCCUUUACCAGUGCCAAAACCAGUGCAUCAGGCAACAGAAGUUUCAACAGAGAUUAAGCAAGAAGUGAAGACUGAGAAGAAAGACAUGAAACCACCACCAGAAAAGAAACCUAGAGUUUCUUAAUAAAGAUAGAGAGAUUGUUAAGAAAUUUGUAUAAAAUUUUGCUAAUUUGUAAGAUACUAAUGUGAGAAAAA